AUGGCCUCUGUGUUUGAGGGAAUAAUCUCUUCUCGCCGUCGAACGUCAAGGUCGCGAUCUUGGUCAGGCAAGCAACUGCAUUCCAGAUGGGGUGAUGCUGCCAUUACUGCUCCUCACAUUGGCUGGAGCCAACAGCACCCGGAAGAAGAUCUCAACGAGUCAGCCAGUCAAGCUCAUGGCAGCCCUGAUUCGCAAAAGACUCUGGUUGAUAACUCGCCCGAUGUCUCCUACGGUAGAGACAAGGUGACGAGGGGUAUCGUGGAGCCAAGCAGGCAGCCAGCUCCGCCCAUUGUUCAGAAGGAACGCAGUGCCAUUGUUAUCACCAUUCCUCUACCAUGGACCCGCAAGACACACCCGCGGUCAUUGUCUAUCGAUCGGCUUCAGAGCCAGGACAGUCAACAGGUGACAUCUACCACCGCUCAAGACUCAUCGCCAGCACAUGUCAGUGCCGGCGCUGACAUGGAAGCGAGGGCUGUUGCGGAAGACUGGCCGCUUGUGGACCCUCUGAGAUCCCGCACCUCAGCCGUAUACACCACACUGCCGCCAUACGAUCAUGUCAAGGGGCCUCUUUCAGAACGGGAAUAUUCGGGGAACGAUUAUGGACCUGGCCGUCUCCCUCAAAUUCAGACAGGGGUGCCACCUGCCAGAAGCCAGCCAGCAUCUGCUGUCUCGAUCCUCAGCCCUGUCGCCGAAUCAUUCCACGGCAGGUCUGAAAGCAACAAUGCAACUCCAAAGGGACAAACUCCAAUUGCGCAAAUGGCCGGCGACGGAGUCGCUACGACCGAUACUCACCAAGGAACCAGUUACCAGAACCUUAUGUCUCAACUGGACACUUUCCUUCCUAGAACACCCAGGUCUGUCCUACCUUCUCUGUUCGCUAGUCCCACCGAGGCUUUCGCUGCAGAGUCUGAAGCAACAAACGCGCAGAAUACUUCGAAAGUCUCUUCGCGGCCAGAGUCUCGCGGCCUUGCAGCCGAAGGAGCUGCCUAUAUGCGAAACAAAUCUCGAAGUGGAGAUGAACAGCGCAGCGGGUCACGAGACGCAGUCUCCGAAAGACGUCGCAGAUCUGCUUCCCGAGGGCCCUCUGAUGUCGAAUCGAUGCGGCGAAGACCUAACUCCCGCGACACAAUGGGAAAUAGGACGCCACGUCAGGUCUCUCGACAACCUGCCGGUCGACGCGCUGAUUCACCAGACCCUUGCGGUCGGGGAGCCAUGUCACACGCGGCGAGGAGUCAACACACCUCGCGCAAUGCCUCUCGCGAGCCCGCUCUGCGCCCUGACCAGUCUCCGGGCCCUUUGAGUCCAAACAAGGAAUUCGGCAAUUCUUUCGGCCAACUAAUAUCCCAUGGCUCCUCUCACGGCGGCGGAGCUCGCGGUCGACUUCCUAUGUCACCCAUGCCGCUCACUGCUCCACGCGCUCGAGGAACAUCAACUCGCCGGCCUGGCUUUCCUGGAACAAGGAGUGAGCGUAUUCUCGCAGGAGGACCGGCUGUUCCCCUUUCCCCCUCUAUUGAAACAAUCAGGAUCAUGCGUCGAGCGCACUCGCGCGAGGCAUACGGCAGCCAGCGUGCCAGCUCGCCCGGGACACUUGGUGGCGCGCUGGGAACAGAUGUCCAAAGCGGCCCAGCGACCCCUCAUCGCACUUCUGACGACACCGGCCGACGCGCGGUCUCGGUCGAUCCUGUUCGCCGAACUGUUGGGCCACGCGACGACAUCAUCAUUCACUGGGCCAGCCUGCCGACUCAGAGCAGUCCUGCCACCAGUCAGUCUUCCGACUCUUCAUUUACUUCUGUCAAGAACCCUCCAUCGCCCGAGAACGGCGCAGAUAGCGAGUCGGAUGCCGAGUCAGAAGCGCAAAUGAAGGGCGGAAUGGACGACGUGUACUUCGAAUCGCGCAAAGGUUGGAAUGGUCCUGCUGGAAUGAAGGGCGUCGACAGCAAGGGGUUCUAUGGAGACGUUGUGCAGGAUUAUAAGGCCAUUGCGAGGGAUGUCGAAGCGGAGCUGGCCCAAGCAUACGAGCCACCUCCAUCCGCGACAUUCAAUAUCGUCAACCUGGUGGUGAACAAAAUGGACAAGGACAGGGAUAGAGACAAGGAGAAGGAAGGGGAGAAUGACAAGGAGACGGAGAGAGUGUCUCCUAGCUACGGAGGUCCCGAGCUGGUUCCCUCACACGAAGAGCUGUGGGGAUAA